CCCCCCAUCAUCCUCACCUCGUCACUGCCGUUUGUAUAUACUCCGUUUCCUUCGCCAGAGAAACCAUUUUGAGAAUGGUGAGUCCGCCGCUCGAUUGUCAGCGCUGCUCCGCUGUUCUUUUCGCAUUUUCUCGGGCGCCUAUACCGACGACCCAACCCUAAUUGGUGUUCUCGUAUCACCCCACCUCACUUCUUGCUGCGUUCGCGUUGCGUCGCGCCGUUGGAUGCAGGCGAAGCAGCGGGGGGGCAACAAGCCUGUGCCGGCCGUAGGGCAUGACGGUUCGGACGACGACGCCUACCCAUCCCCGCCCAAGAGGCUCGGCCGAGGCAGCAGCGUCCGAGGCUCGAACCUCUCCACAACAGCCGCGGCAGCGGCGGUAGCGGCGGCAGCAGCGGCGGGGGUCGCGGGCGCGGGGAUGGUGGGGGGAGCGGAGGGGGCCUGCGGGAUGGAGGGGGUGGAGGAGGGGGGCGGGGCGGGGAGCGCGUGGGAGGGGAUGCUGCAGCAGCUGGAGCGAGAGGCGUACUUAGCCGUGAUCAGAGCGUUCGGCGCGCAGUCAGAGGCGAUCACCUGGGCGAAGGAGCGGCUGAUGUCGGAUCUGCGCAAGGAGCUCAACAUUCAGGACGAGGUGCCGCAUGCUGCUGUCGCGCGUGCACGAGGACGAGAACAUCCGCCUUAUAUGUGAUUGGAAGAAGGCGCGGGAUGCAGGGGCCUACCUGCACCAUCCGCCUCCCCCCCUCCCGCGCCCGCGCCUCCCCCAGUUGCGCCCUCCCCCGAGAUCAUCCCCCCAGCCUCCUCACGCAAGCGGCCAAAAAUGGCCGCCCUUUCCGCAGCGCCCCUGGGGAAGGGCA